CACCUGGCGUCCAGUGCCAAGCCGGCCGCACAAACGAAUACGAUUUGAAUAAUUUUCGAUAAUAUAUUGUUUUAAUCGCGAAACAAAUUUUAGGUUUAGUAAAGAACUUUAAUAGGAAUUUGAACACUUGUUUUUAUGGGUUUUUUUCCAUGUCGUCUAUACAUGGACCAGAUCUGAGCCUGACUUAUGAUAUAGCGAGUGCACUUAUAAAAAAUCAAUAAGCUCCAUCACUCCAUGACCCGGUCCAUUAACAACUUCAUAAGUUAUCAAACCUUAACGUAUAUUUACAUCAUUGAUUACGAAGCAUAGAAUACGUUAUGUUACUGAUGAAUAUAUAAAAAGACUCGUGAAUUGAUUAUAUGUGUAUAUAUAAAAAGACUCGUUAGUUUAGUCUGCAUCAUGGGCUCUAUUUAAAGCACAAGAAGUUUUGCUUCAAACAUCAAAACAACUAAAAAGUACAAUAUUAAGGAUCAAAACAGUGUAUUUAAUUUGGUGUCUGUAAUGGCAAUCUCCACGAUGGGAAAGAAAAAUGUGGGUUUGGCCCUAGCAAUGUGUCUGGUUCUCUCAAGCUUCCAUGAGAUUUCUUGUCAGGUAAGCAAGCCACGAUCAGAUACCUUUUUCCUAAUUAUUACCAUAGUUGGCGGAAGCAGGGAAUUUGGAACGUUAGAGAGUCAAGAAUCUCAAUCUAAUGUUCAAACCUUCGAAGGGAAAGAGACAUCAUCUGUGUCUCACUCUGUCGAAGCCGAGUCUGAAGCUGCUAGUAGUUAUGAAGCGGGUCAAGGUUCGAGUAGCUCGGAAGACAUCAAACGUCUAUUGCAAGGGUUUAAUAAAAAUGCUGGAUCUGAAGCUGAAUUAAUGGAUGCUUCUGAAACCGGUGCUUCGAAUCAGGAAAGGGUGAAAGAGCUUCAACGCCAGAUAGAAGCUUCGGCAUCUAGCAGAACUGUUGUAGAAGAAGAAGAAAUCACAGAGGAAAAGAGUAAGGUGGAAACAAGUGGAAACACAUUCCAAGCUGAGGGAAACCGAGGGUUCAUGAUAAAGGAACCGACAAUAACUAGAAAUGAAGAUGGGUCAAUGGGGAGUCGUGAACAGUAUGAGUCGAAGCAAGAGUCAGUGGAGGGUCGUCUAGAGUAUGAGUCGAAGACAAGCAGUAGUGGCUCAGGGGUUCUGGGAUCUCUAGCAAUUGGACAGUCAGAAACUCAGAAGAGCUUAAUUUUUUGUUGCUGUGGGCAUGCAGGUGCAUGGCGCUGUAUUAACCAAGACAAUAAUGGUGUUAAGGGAGACGAUUCUAUAGUUAUACCAAAGUAUGACUUAAAUGACAUCAUCAAGGAAGAAUCCAUCAAGGGCUCCUCGUCAAAGACCUCUAGUCUCAUAACAUCGCUGACCGAGAUUGUUGAUAAUCAUAAGAAAAGACGAUGGACGACAGAUGUAAAAAUAGGAAAGGUUUCUACUACAGAAACAUCAGAGAAGGUAACUAAGCUAAAAAUGACCUUGAAAAAGUACGUUGGUAUAAAGGUGCGUGAGCUCGUGCAUCGUUCGGAUUACGAGGAGAUAUUGACGAUGGCUGCACGCUAUGAGGAACUAACCCGUGCUAAGGUAACCUACAUUUCGAGGCUGGCCACAUACGGGACUGUGAUAAGAGAAGGAUUCAAAGCCUCUCAGCGAGUGAAAACCGUGCACCAGCGUGUCAUAUUGCAUGAAAACGUGGCCAUAGAGAAGCAGAAAAGGGUGGACGCUGAGUUCGAGUUAGUCAAGGCUUUGGCUCAGAAAGGAGACAACUUGGCCGUCCAAAUAUUCGCAAUGAAGAAGGCGGUGUUGAAGCUUGAGGCCGAGAAGAAACAAGUUGAGAUUCAAUUCCAGAAGAGUGUCGAGAAUCUAUCAAGCGUUCUAGAGGAAUCGUCUCACGCAUACGAGAAGCAUCGUGUGGUUGUGCGCGAGUGGAAGGAGGUGCAAGCAUCUGCUGAAUAUUCGCUUGAGACCAUCGAGAAGGCAGAUGUCGUUUGGGUUCAGUUUCUCAACACUCUUACUUAGAUACAAGUACUCUCUUAUGUUUCUUCUCAAUUGAUUUACGCACUUUUUAUCUUGUUUUAUGUUUCAGUAUUCCUUGUCAUCAUUACUUUUCAAUAAAAUUUGUUUGUUUUCGAUCGAGACUAUAUAUGGACUAAUGUCAACAUCCUUAUAAACCAAAUUCAAUAAAUUUAUUUUAUUAAUUCAAAGCUAAAGAUAUAUCAUGUCAUCAUCUCAUGGCUUUGAAAGUAAUAUGAGUAUAACUUGCUGAGUUGUGAACAAUUUAGUUUAAUCCACAAAACAACUUUUUCAACUCCUCCAUAUUUACUUCAUCUUCUUAAUAAUAGAUUAAUUUAGGCCAAGUUAAUUAAUCUAGAAGCUAGUAAAUCAUUUUAUGUCCAAAUUGUGUUCGUUGAAACAUAUGAAUGAAUUUUAUAAAUGUUUUGUAUUUUUAGACAAUAAAGAUUAAUUUGUCCAAAAAGACAAUAAAUAUUGAUGAAUGAAGUGCUAAUUAACUACUUAGACUUGUGUUUAACACACAACAGAUUUGUGAUUAUUAAUAUAAAUUGAUGAUAGAUAUUUAAUUAGUGUAUGAUAUUAUCAAUGAAAUGAAUUAGUUUACAUUACUGUUCUUAAACCUAAAGAUUACUAUUGAUUGAUCAAUCAUCAUAAAUUAGUAUCUAGUCACUCAAAUUAAUUACUUUAAACCCAAGAAUUUAUUUGGUAAUCAUUUUUUAAAAUUAUCUGCUUCAACUCCCAUUUGGUGUUUUAGUUGCUUCUUGUUAGCUCUCUGUCUACUUGCUUUUAUUGCAAAGUUCAUUCGAUCAUUUUAAUUUGAAUUAUCACUAGUUAUUAGAAUUGAUUAAACUUGUUUACCUUAAAUUAGAUUACUAUUUACAUUUACAAUAUGUCUAUUCACUCUUUUUGAGGUUCGACUUUCAGUACUACUACUACAUUGAUAUGUUGUAUGCUCAGGGAUGAGUGCAGUUGAGGUUAUUAAACUUCAACCAUUUCAAUAUGACAAUAUCGUUAUAUUUUAUAGGUUAUUUUUCCUUUCAUAUAGGUAUUUUACACAAACAUAGGACUUACAUAUAUAUACUAUCAGCUUAAAAUUGUUGAUUGGUAAAAAAUGUUUAUAAAUAGAAAUUAUAGCCAACGUCUUGAGAUCGUGAAGUCUGAUUUUGAAUUAAUGAUCUCUUUUAAAAGCAUAUGAUGGUUCUUUUUUGCUAAAAAAUAUAGUUGAUGGUUGAGUUAAGGCCGACACAUAUGUUGUCACAUAUGCAUGAUCAUAUACUCCAUAUAUAUAAUGUAUUUAAUUGUCUCAUGUUGCACGCUAAUAUUAUCUUAUACCUGUAAACAUUUCUCAGCCAAUGAGUGCAAUGUAAAACACUGAUCGACAGACUAGUCUAUAUAAAAUAUAUGUGCUUAUCUAAAAGAUACGAUUUGGUAGUACUGACCAUCGCAUUAUUGAAUUACAUCAGCAAAGAAGU